AUGUCUCAGUCUUCUAGACGAGACGCCGCGCAAUUAUCGCGGCCGGGCCCGCAUGAGGGUGAGGAUGCUAGGAAGAGCCAACAAGGGACUUCUUCGCAGAACACUACGCAUGUCGGCCACAUUCCGGGUCAACAAUACUUUCCUCAGCAGCAGAAUUUACAGACAAGGCCAGAGCCGUUUAAUCUUGGUCCACUCAGUGCAGCAUUGCCUGAUCCAUCCUACCAGAACUAUGGCCAACCACAAAGAUAUCCUUCAGCUUCUCAAUCCUCCGGGAUCAUCUACCAGAUGCAAAAUCCUCCACAAUUUGGUGGGCCACAAGCCAUGAGUCCAACGAACGCACCAUACCCAUACCAAGCGCAGUACCAAAGUAUUUAUGCUACGGGCAAUUCUCCAUCUCCGCCGCAUCUACAACAAGGGCCAGCGAUGGGCAAUCAAUUCUAUCAGGGAUUUAUAGGGCAACAACAGCAACUUGGGACUCCUCCUUUUAUUCAGCCAAGUCACUAUAGUCAGAUGUAUUCUGGUAUGCCACAACCUCAACAAUACGGGCCUCGCGGUGGCUACUCUGCGGACAGUCAAAUCCCCCAACAGCAACGUCCCAACGAAUAUCUAGGAGUUAUUUCCCCUACUGGAGGAUCCGGGAUGCCUAGCAGAAUUGGACACGCAAUUUGGAUAGGAAAUCUGCCCCCACAAACCGAGCUGAUGAAUCUUGUCCAUCAUGUCUACAAGGAAGCUCCUGGACUUGAGUCCCUAUUCCUAAUUUCAAAGAGCAAUUGUGCUUUCGCCAAUUUCAAAGACGAAACCACCUGCGCUGCUGCUCAAGCCAAAAUUCACGAUUCGAGGUUCCAAAACGUCAGACUAGUCAGUAGAUUACGGAGGAGAUCUGUGGGAACCACUACUGGUGUUCCCGCGCCCACGGGCCCUGCCGCGCUGACGCCUCCAAAUCCCGCCCCAGAUCGAACGCCUUCUCCCGAGAGCGGAUCUAAACCUAAAGAGGUAGGCGGAGAGGUGAACGAACAGGAUAGUGAGGACAGUCCAUCGCCCAAAGAUAAGUUCUUUGUUGUCAAAAGCCUUACCGUCGAAGACCUCGAGCUCAGUGUACGAAAUGGAAUCUGGGCCACUCAGUCACACAAUGAAGAGAUUCUCAACAAAGCAUAUCAGACUGCAGAUAAUGUCUACUUGAUCUUUUCGGCAAAUAAGUCAGGAGAAUACUUUGGCUAUGCAAGGAUGAUAUCCCCCAUCAAUGAUGACCCCGCGGCAGCAAUAGAGUUCGCACCGAAAGCACAAACUGUGGAAGAUCCCGAACUUCCAAAGGCCAUUCCUACUCCGGCAACUGAGUUUGUUCCAAAAGGUCGUAUUAUUGAUGAUUCGGCUCGAGGGACGAUAUUCUGGGAAGUAGAAAGAGACGAAGAAGACGAGGAGGAUGAAACUCAAAGCAACAAAAGCGACACGGAUUUAGAAUCGCCCCUGAAUUCGAAAGCGUGGGGUAAACCCUUCAAAGUUGAAUGGUUAUCAACCACCCGGCUUCCAUUCUAUCGGACGAGGGGGUUAAGGAACCCGUGGAAUUCGAACCGUGAGGUAAAGAUUGCUCGAGAUGGCACCGAAUUGGAGACUUCAGUCGGACGAAAGCUCAUAGGUCUCUUUCAUCGGAUCCCAAGUGCUGUUGCGCAGCCUGUAUCUCAGAUGCAAGGCAUGCUAACUCCUCUGGCUGGAUAUCCGCCUAUGCGUCCCUUUCAAUAA